UAUAUUCGGGCAUUUUGUACCGGAAGUAUCGGAUGGACAGUGGCUCACCUUAUUUCUUACAUAUGCUUGCGCAACCUGAUUUGAGCUUGAUUCGUGACUAAACCAUUUUAACACUGGCAGCUGUUACAAUCACGCAUUAUACAUUUGUGGUUUGUUGUCCUAAUAGAUGUCGCUGAGCAGUUAAUAAACCCGGCAUGAACUGGGAUUGAUUGUUGCAUUCCUGAACAGUAACGUUAGAUCCUGAAGCGAAGCUGCUUUCAAAUGCUCGUCGAAGACUUCUAGGUAAUAUGAACGAAGCACCAUGUCAGAGUUUACCCUCGAUAUCCAGCUGACAGAGUUGGGUUUUUCAAACUGGAAUUUUCCUGUCUGUGAACCACCGAGUGUUAAAGAGAACAUUUUGCCCACCCAGAAUGUCACUGAAAAGCCAGAACCAGAGACUGAAACGCCUGCAAACGGUCAUGAAGAAGCCUGCAGUGUUGCGAGUGCAUCGGCGGACAAAAGCUUUCUACAGGACCAUCAGUAUUCCACUCCUUUCAAAGAUAACUCUUCAAGUAAUAGAGAAACCGCUCAAAGCGAUUCCAAAAUCAUUUCCACAGAGCACAAGGAUAAAGUCAUUUGCAGUUUGUGGAAAAGAGGAAGAAGACUAGAGGGGACAGAACAGGGACAUGAUGACGUAGAGCAAAACGGGAAAGAGGGAAAGGAAAAUAAGGAACAGAAAUAUUCAGAGUUGAGCCAGGAAGCCUCUGAUCUCAUGACAGAUGAUGCUAUGUCUAGUGAGGAGAAGACAGACGAGGAUGCAGAAUUAGUUUUGACUGAGGAUGAUGUUGAGGAGGAAGAUGAUGAUUGUGAGAAGGAAGAAGAUGAUGAUGGUGACGACGGUGGUGUUUCCUGGUCAGAGACAAAUGGAUCUGGAGAGAAUGAAGAGAAUCGCUGCCAUGUAUGUGAUCUCACCUUCUCCUCUCUCUUCUUACUCAGAGAACAUUUAAAUAUGCAUACGGGUGUUCGCCCCUACCGCUGCGAUGAAUGUGGCAAGCAGUUCUGCCAGUUAGUCAAUUACCGCACGCACCUUCGCUCCCACUCCCAGAAGGCCUCCAUCCACUGUCGCGUUUGCUCAAACGUCUUUGAGACCGAGGAACAGCUCCAGCAGCACUUGGACACCAACCAUUUUGAGAAAGAGUUCUAUCAGUGUGAUUUUUGCAAGCAGAUUUUCACUGACUUGGACGUAUGCAAGGCUCAUGUCGAAGCACACAGGCAACAGGCAAAGCGACAUUUGUGCCUCAAAUGUGGCACCAGUUUUCGCCUUCGCAACUCGCUGCUCCGCCACCUAGAAUGGCACAGCAGAGGCAUCUUCUCCUGCUCGGACUGUGAUCGGACCUUCUCCAGCAAGGCUUCUUUGUUACGCCACAGCUUCUCUCACUUGGGCGUCUUACCGUAUACAUGCCUGAAGUGCAAACGCCAUUUCCGUUUGCCUUCUCUCUACCACAACCACGAGUGUAAGCCAGAGAGUAUCCAGUGCAUGGCGUGUUUGGUUUUCUUUCAGAGUCAGGAGGACUUUGAUAAGCAUAAGAAGGACACAGGAUGCUGGGGUCAUCAAGGGGCUUUGUCUUCCAAGACAGACGAGAUCCGCUGCAUGGAGUGUGGCCAAGUCUUUGCAAGCAUUGAGGAAUUAAAGAAGCAUGGAAGCACUCACCAGAGGGUCCUAAAAUGUGCUGAAUGUGGGAUGGGUUUCCGCUCGUCACUUAUGCUUAUGUCACACAUGGGAGGGCAUGCGGGACAGCGGCCAUGUCUCUGCCAGGACUGUGGCCUGGGCUUCCCUCAUCAACAGGGUUAUGACAGCCACCUGAAGACAUGUGGAGUUGUGACACCUCCAGUGGCUGCUGUGAAGAAACCAAAACCAAAAGCAGGUCCCUCUCCACAAAUAAUCCAACAAAUAACUCCUAACAUAAUCAUCCAGACUGUUGCUCGGGCAUCAACGCCUGCUACAUUCCCCAGUAGCUUGAAGGAAGUCCACAUGGUUCCAUUCGGGGACAAGAACAAGCCUGCUGAUGGUAGGUGGAAGCUUACUUUAAAUAAACAGCCUCCUCCAGGUAUGCCUUUAGUCAUGCUUCUGCCAGUUUCCACUACAAAGUACUCCUCUACCUCAGAUCCUACCCAGAGCUCCAAAAACUUUUUACCAUCCUCUCUGGUCUUAGAAACACCCUCAUCUGCUCCACGUGUUGUUUCCAUGCCGGUGGUCCCAUACGGCACUGCCAUUAGUACAGAGGCAGAGAAAGACAACGUAGAGUCCCGCAGAACCAACAUUCCUUCAAAUACACUCAUUCCUGAGCAAAUUCAUGACAGUAGCUCAAAGAAGAGGUGGACCGUUUUAGAAGAUCAGGGCUCUCUUCAAGUGUUUGGUGCAGAAAAUAUAAAGGCAGGUGAACAGGCUGCAGUAGUAGCAAAUCAGGAAAUGAACAUUACUGCUCAAGUAGGAGCAGAGAAUGAACAGAAAACUUCAAAUUUGAAGCCUAAUGCGCUGUGCAUUAAAAAAACGCUUCAAUGGAGUCCAUCGGAUACUGCAUCUCUCAAUCUCACAUGCCCCGUGACACCAUCAUGCCUAAAGGAGGAGAAGGAUGAUAGUGACAGCAUCAAGAAAAGGUCUUCAGAUUUGAAGGACCUCGACUCCCUGCCUGUAAUGGCAGGAGUAGAAGUUUGUGCCCCUUUAAAAAGAAAAUCAGAAAAGAAGACACUGGAUUCUUCACAAACAGGGUCUCAUAAUCUAGUUUCAGAUUCUUCGGAAAUUACUUGCCACAAAAAGACCAGCAAUGAUCAGAUAUUUUUCAAAGAAGUGGUGUCAUCUGACAGGAUGUGUGCCGAGUCGCAAAUGGAAUUUACCAUGACGGGGGACAAAUCAGAAAACUGUCUGCAGGGGCAAAAUGAAUCUGGAUUCGAUGUAGAGGUGGAAAUGAAUGAAGAUGUGGAGUCGAGCAGCAUGGAAGUGGAGAUUGGGGAUGAAGACAGCGGAGUUGAUAUGUUGGAAGGUAUGCUUCAUGAGUGUGUGACCUGUGGACAAGUCCUUCCUGAAAAGAAUAUGAUCCAGCACUACAUGAAGCAUGCGGCCGACAGUCCUGAGCUCUCUCCUAACUGUGCCUCUCACACUACAGAACAAUCUCCUCCAUGUAGUCCAUCUAGAAAAAGACUACGAUCUGGCACAGAGUUUUGACCCUUAGUUUAAAAGUAUUUCUUUUUUGUCAUUAUUAUUAUUUUAAAUUGAUUUGCUGUUAUUGAUAUUACGCAAUCUUUACUUCCAUUCCAUUUACUUGGAAAACAGGGGCCACAAUCAUUUUGACCAAAUUAAAAUUUGGGAAAGAUUGGUGUUUCUUAAAACCAAGUGUGUUUUGAAUGUGUUAUACUUUUGACAUUUCUUUCAAGUAUCUUAUUUAAUUUUCACAUUGUCAUAUAAGAUACAAUAAAUGUAGAUUGGAAAAUUGGAAAAA